AUGCACGUUCUCAACGGCUUCAGCACACGGCGGAAGUCGCCCAAGCCUCGGGACUUGCAUAUUCGCAAGAUUUCCUUCUCUGGCUGCUCACUCUCUUCCGGCUGCUCCAUUGAGUCUGCCUCCUCCACCUCCACGACCCGCGGUCCCAGCCACCACCGCUCCGACAGCGAUGCCAGCUACGAUCCUCUGCGCCUGCAUCCCAUUGCUCAACCGCCACCCCGCCUCCACGAGCGUGCCUUCAUUGCCUCGCCCAAACGCCGCCAAGAGGAUACGCCACGCACAUUCUACAGCGACAGCGACACGGGGAGCGCGGGCUACGGCGUCAGCGUCUUCGAGUAUGACGACAGCGACACCGAAGUCGACGAGGAUGAGGACGCUGUCUUUGAGCAGGUCCACACCAACAGCAUGCCGCCUAUGAGCAGCCCUCUUGACCAUGAUGCCGACGAGUCGGACGACGAGGACUACUUCUUCAUGCAGCUGGCCAAGCGCCGCCCGCAGAUGCCUCGCUCGCAUUGGUCCGAGUCCACUAUUCAGACACUCGCCCAGCUUACACCGGCCGCCAGCAACAAGGCCACGCCGGUGGAGCGACUUGAGGACCCAAUUGAGCAGGCCCGCAUGAUGCUGCCCAACUUUAGCUACAAGCACAGCACCGUUCCCGCCCGUCCACGCAUGAAGGCCAUGGAUAGCGUCGAGCAGCUCGUCAAGCGUGGCGGCUGGAAGCGCAAGGCGGUUCUGCUGGACAACCAGGAGAACACUGCUCCUACCGAGAUGAACUAA